AUGACAGAGGUGUUUGCCGUGAUACGAGCUGUUGAGCGCAAGUUUGGCCAAUUCGUCGAGUAUCAAGCUAUCAGGGACUACGAAAUGCCAGACAAAUACUUUGGCUUGAUAUUUGCUGCCUUUAUGGAUCCACAGGCCAUUAAGGCGGUACCGCCGUCUGGUCUCGAGAUGAGUGUGCCUGUACCUUACAAAGAACGUCGGGAACGCGUCGGUUGGGAGGACAUUGAAUGGCUUCUGGAGGCACAAGACCGUGAUCCAUCGUAUGGGAGGGGGAAAGCACGACCAAUGUCCGGGGCGGAUAAGGAAUUGAAGAAGGACAAUGUCUUGUUCUUCAGGGUAAUGCAUUCGAAGAAAGAACUGGAUACGCCGGCACCAAUGACCUGCAAGGCAGAUCCCGCAGUUCACCAGCAAGACUUGGUAGAUUUUUGGGAAUGGGGUCGUUCCUUACCUUUGAAACCUAUAAUGAGGGGAAAGCCUAUCGCCGAUCAAGACCUAUUUGAAGCACCAGAAACUGACUAUCUUCGACUUCGAGCCGCACUGCGCUAUGCGUCGCAGCUCUUGGGUGUCUCCAACCCACACGAAAUACACCCGGACGAUCCUCCAAGACCCGCAGUGAAUGUAGGUGUCUAUCCCGAAGGCGCAUUUACCAAGAAGCAGGCCGUCAGAGCUCCUCUAACAGCUCGCCCUCCGCCGCCAUCCCGGACCCAGCAUGAUCCAUCUGCGAGAUUGAAAGAAUUGUUUGCCAACAAACGUGUACAGUAG